AUGGACCGUGCUGGCAAGCAGGCACAGCCUCAGGAGCCAGGCAGACACGGGGAGUCUGGAGAUGGGGUCGGUGUGACUGGUGGUGGCACAGUGGGAGCUGGCAUCGGCAAAGGAAUGGAGGUCUUGAGGGGCCUGGCACUUUUCUGGGUUCCAGGAUCAUUUUCAGAAGAAUUUUCUACUGGCUACCUCCUAGGAGAGCUUCUACACAAAUACGGUCUUCAGGAUGACUUUAAUCAGUUUUCACAGAGCAGGGUUGCAAAUGCAAAACUUAACAAUUUUUCUCGCCUGGAGCCCACGCUUCACCUCCUUGGCGUACAGUUUAAUGAGAAUGUGGCCCAAGACAUCAUGACAGGACAGCAUGGGGCUGCAACAAAGCUUUUAUAUGAAUUGUAUAUUGCUUUAGAAAAAAAGAGAAAGGCAAAGCUCACUGGAGUAGCCAUGGAAGCAAUGAGACCUGCAGCAACUGCAAAGCUUAAUUCUAUUGAAAGUGUUUUGUAUCAAGAGCGUUUGAAAACUUUAACGCCACGUCAGGCUGAUUUGCAACUACAGCAGAUUUCAGAGCAUUUUGAAAUAAAAUCUAAGGCAAUAGAAGAUAAAAUAGCUCAUAUACGUAUUGCAGAACAACAGAAAAUUCAGAAGCUCCAAGAGGAAAAAAGAGCCCAAGACAUUGAAAAGCAUCGCAUAGGAAGAAGGAGACAAAAUGAAAUAAUGGCCAGGAUUCAAGCAGCCAUUAUACAGAUUCCAAAGCCACCACCAAGCCACACCAUAAAAGCUAUUGAAGCCAAAAAAUUCUUAAAGAAGAAAAGAGAAGCAGAGGACACAUAUAAGGAGAUUAAAAAGUUUGAGAAGUCUAUGGCAGGAAAUGCCUCUACAGUACACAGCCAAGUCACUGACCGUGAUAUACAAGAAUCAUUGCAAACACAGAACUUGCAAGAAACAACCCUAGAAACUACUUUGCAGAAAGCAAAUGAGCUGUUAAACAUUUAUUCAGAUGAUGAAUAUAUAAGGAAAAUUCAAAAACGUUUAGAGGAAGAUACAUUUGCUAGAGAACAACGAGAAAAGAGACGACGAAAAAUGCUAAUGGAACAGUUAAUAGCACAUGAAGCUGAAGAGGAGGCUUACCGGGAGGAGCAACUUAUUUACAGACUAAUGAGACAAUCCCAGCAGGAGCGGAGGAUUGCUGUUCAACUCAUGCAUGUUCGACAUGAAAAAGAGGUGUUAAGGCAAAACAGAAUUUUCAGGGAAAAACAAUAUGAAGAAAGACGACUGAAAGAGUUCCAGGAAGCUCUUGAUAGAGAAGCGGCUCUUGCAAAACAAGAAAAAAUUGAUAACGAAGAACAAAUUAUCAGAGAGAGAGAAUGUCAUGAGAAAAUGGCCAUUGAAAGAGCUCAGGCACAUUAUAAAAAACAUUAUUCUAUGUGUUGGGAAGUCAUCAACCAAAUCAUUGAUUUGUCAACGAAAGUAGCAGAAUACCGUCUACUGACAAACAACAGAAUUCCAUUAAAACUGAUGCUUGACUGGAAGGAAUUUUUUUUUAAUGGAAAACCAAUGUAUGAACAAGCCUCAAUUCAACCUUUGCCAAAUGAACCAAGUCCAGAACAACUUGUAGAACUGAGUAAGAUGAAUCUGUUAGAUGAAAAAGAUUAUAAUGAAUACAAGAGUAUGACAGGGGAAUGGUGUCCAACUGAAGAGAAUAGUGAAAACAAACCUCCUCUUAAUAAUAACAUACUGGGUCAUGUGCUUCGUAGACUGAUGGAGAUUUUCUAUCCUCCAAAACCUAAAUCUUCACCACCUGUAUUUCCUCCAUUUCCUAUCAAGGGAUGUAUUUUGGGAAAACCUUUUAGUGGAAAAACUACCUGUGUAAAGUUUAUUGAAAAAGCUUGCAAUAUUCAGGUACUAUCUGUUGAUACUCUGGUUCAGGAGGCUAUCCAAGCUUUUCUUGAAAAUGAAAUGAAAAGUGAACACAGUGUGAUUCCACAAGAAACAGAGAGUUCUGGGAAACAAAAUAAGGUCUGGAAGAACUUAUCAAAAUCACCACUGAAAGUUCUAAAGAAACUCCAACCAGAAACACCUACCAAUGAAACCAAAGGUAAUUGUCCUGCCAAAAAGGAUCCAUCUCGGCAAGAAUUUAAAUCAGACAACAGUCAGGAUGGCCUGUCGAAGCUAUCUGUACGUGCCCAGCUUGGUGCCGCAUCACAGAAAUUGUUGAAGAAAGGAAAAAGUAUUCCUGAUGAAUUACUAAUUGACAUCCUAUUGGAAGCCAUUAACCAAACAUCACCAGAGAAGGGGUGGAUUGUGGAUGGGUUUCCAAUGACAAUUGAUCAGGCAAAGCUAUUUGAAAAAGCCUAUACAGGGAUUGAUCCAGAAGCAAAAGAUGAAAAUUCUGGAAAGCUCACACUUGUUACAGAUCCCAGAGCCCCUAACAAGCCUCCUGUUAUCUUACCUGCAUUUGAUGUUUGUGUAUUAUUGGAUAUUUCAGACACUGUGGUACUGAAACGUGUGGCUAACUUGAAGUCAGAUAAAUCAAAGUCAUCUCAAACUGAACAGGCAAAUAACAAUCAAAAUUCAGAUGAUGAAAUCCUAGAAGAGAAGAGUGACUUAGCCAGGGACCAGGUGCUACAUAGAAUUUCAGGCUUUCUAGACACAUGGCCAAAAUUAGAGAAAUGGUUUUCAGUCCAUCAAAAUAUUCUGGUGAAAGUCAACGCAGAGACAGAAGAAAGUCUUGUGUGCAAAACAGUGAAGGAAAUUAUUAUGGAAGAAACUGCCAAAAAACAGAAUAGAAGGUCUUCUCAAGAAAUAUCACCAGGAAAAAAGCUUUUACCGGUUACGUCUCAAGAUCUGCUUUCUCCCAUUCCUGUGGCACCAGCACCACCGAUUGAACCAGGAUCAGAUGAAUGGAUUUAUGUAGAUGAACCACUUCCCAAGGAGAUACCUGGGUUUUUAGUACCUUACUGGGAAAUGGUAGAAAAUGCAUAUAUGAAUACCAUCAAAACUAUACUAAGAUGUCUAAGGGAUGAACAGCACUCCGCGAUUUAUUACUUAGCAGACAUUAAAAAAAAAUUCCAAGAUUAUUUGAAGUGUCCAGAUCUUAAGCAGAAGUUUGUAUCUCAGUGGCAAUCAGAUUUUAAUUCCAUUGCUGAUGACCUGCGAGAAGAUGAGGAAACAAAAGCAGAACUACACCAAAGAGUUACUGACCUAAGAGAUCUUCUCUGGGAAAUCUGUGAUAACAGAAGGGAAGAAGCAGAGCAGGAACGUACUGAUAUCAUGAAUGAUGGCUGGUUACCAGAUCGUAGGGGGAUUGCAAUGAACCAUUUCUUUUCACUUAUGCAGGUUGAAGUGGAUCGUUUCCAAGAUACAAAGAGACUUCUUCAUGACUAUUAUAGGGCAAUGGAAGGAAAAAUCCCAAUGGAUAACAGUCAAGAUUUUACUAGAAUCCCAUUGUUAGAUAUUACUGAUUUAGAGCAGAAAGAAGAGCAAAACAAAUCACGAAGGAUUCCUCUAGUUUCUUGGAAACUGCCUUCACCAGAAAUAAAUAUUACCAAGUCAAAAAGCAAGGCAAGUCUACAGAAGAGUGCUAAGGAUGAGAAUUCUGAAAAUGGAGUGGCCACUUUUGGGAAAGAUGAAAAUCUUAUUACCAAUACAUGGCAAACAGCAGUAACAGCAGUAUCAAAUAUGGUAACAGCUGAAAUACAGUCUAAAGAAAUGGAGGAAGAAGAAGAACAGCAGCAGCUAGAACUGAAAGAAGAUAUGAAAUCUUCACAGACACUACCAGGCAAAGCUACUGGGAAAGCUGCCAAAGAUGCCAAAAAGCUUUCUCCCAAAUCUAAAAAGAAAGGACCAUCUUCUACCGCGUCUGUGGUCGAAGUCAGUCCAGCUCCUAUCACCCCUGAAGAAUUAAAGAAACGAGAACUGACACUUAAAAUAAAGCAAGAAUAUUUCAGUGCCUUGAAACACGAGGAGGAAGCUGCAAAAUCUCGACUGGAACUUAUAAAAGAAAAAGCUUUAGCAUUUGUUGAAGAGCUAACAAUGAAAGCAGAAGAGGCUUAUAAAGAUAUGGAAAAGUGGCUUGGAUCCAGGUUCUUGGCGGAAAUGUCCAGUGUUGAAAAGCUGAUUGAGGUGGCACGACAUCAUAUUGAGAGUUCUAGCAAAAUCCAAUAUGAAAUUACAUUAGAAGAAACAGAUUUCUUCAUCAGCAGUGAUAUAAAAGUGAUUCCUGACCCUGUUCCUUCACCACAUGUUCCACACAUAGAGACAUCUGGAAGUGGUACUCUAACUAUUUCACAACUUACUACACUUCAUAAGCAGUUUUUACAAAUGGCACCUAAAGCAAUAAGAGCACUGAAGCAAUUUAAAAGCAAGACCAAUUCUUCUAGCAAGAGAGAAGUUGAGAAUCGCCAGUUUCCAAAAAUUUGGCUAACAAAAUACUCCUGGUUAAAAUACGAUGAUGAAAGGGGAAUAAUGUUUUGUGCACCAUGUCGUAAGCAUAAUGUGGAUUUGGGGGAAAACAGUCAUAAUUUUUGUUCUGGCACUGAUGACUUCAAACUGGAAUUUAUAAAUACACACCAGAGUAGUGAGGCUCAUGCCUGGGCUACCUGUGUGGAAGCUGCUAGUACUGCUUCACCAGAUGCAACUUCUGCUGAGCAGAUGUUGAAGAGCAUGAACUCCAUAACAUUAGGUAGAGUAGAAAAUAUUUUUAGAACAUGCCAUGCGAUUGCUAAAUCUGGUCGUCCCUUUACUGACCUUGACUGGAUGUGCAAACUAGAUGAUAUGAAAGGAGUGGAUAUUGGUUCUGUAUUUAGAAAUGACAAGUCAGCAAGAAUGUUUGUACACUUUAUUGCUGAGGUAGAAAGAAGAGCUUUGAAAGAGAAACUGGAGAAAUGUAAAUUCUUUUCUGUUAUUAGUGAUGGAGUCACAGACAGCAUACUCAAAGCAGCUGCAGUUGUCUACGUACGCUUUGCAAAUGAAGGAAAAGUCAAUUGCCAGAUUGUUGGUGUUCAACCUGUUCACAAAACUGACGCUUCAACUAUAAAAAAUGCAAUUGAGGAAACAUUACAAGUAAAUCUUCAGCUCAGUCUGGCAAGCCAUGUCUGGUCAAGAAAAUUAGUUGGGUUUGGAAGCGAUGGGACAGAUGUCAUGUUAGGAGAAAACAGUGGGGUAGCUAAACUUCUGAGGGAAAUUCAGCCUUGUAUACAGACUGUGCAUUGUUUUGCCCACCGCCUGAAGCUGGCUUACAAAGGAGUGCUGAAAAAUAUUCAGCUGUACAACAUCUUAAGCAAUGUCUUGAGAAAUAUGUAUUACUUUUAUCAUAACUCACCUCUAAAUAAGAAUAAUCUCAAAGCCACAUAUGAAGCCAUUAAGUUACGCCCCGCUAUUCCUUCUCGCAUUGGAGGCUCCCAGUGGCUUCCUCGUCUACAAACAGCUCUACAAAUUCUCCUUAAAGGUUAUCCUGCAAUUGUUCUACAUCUGAGUAAGAUUGAAAGAGAUUCAAGAGCCUCAAACCAUCAAAAAGUCAAAGGCCUUUUACACCUCCUUCUGAGAAUGGAGAUAGUCAAGUUUUCUCACUUCUUGUUGGAUGUCAUCAAUGUCCUCAACAUUCUGUCACGUGUUACUCUGGAUCACAACUCAUCCGUUGCAGACAUAUUUGCAACGGUGCAGUCCACACUGGAAACACUCCACAUGUAUCACACGAGAGCUGGUCCAAAGGAACGCAUGAUGGAGACCAUUCAGCACUUUCACGGUUACCAGCUUGUUGGAAAUGGAAAUAUUUCAGCAGUACGAACCAAAGUACUAAGUAAUCUGGUGAAGAGGCUACAUGAUUGUUUUUGUGAUGCAAGUCAAGAUGUUUUAAGAGCAACUACUAUUGGAAGUUUUAAACUAUGGCCUGACAAAAUGAAACAAGAAUUUGGUGAAAAGGAAGUGUCUGUCUUGACUAAACAUUAUGAAGUCAUACUAGAAGCUGCUAGUGUGAAAAUAGGUGAAGUAGAAACUGAAUGGAGCAUGUUGAAAUUAGAGCUGUAUAACAGAUUUCAGAACAUCCAGACCUUGACAUGGGAUUCAGUGAACUCAGAUUAUUCAAAGAAGUAUCCCAACAUCCUGACAUUGGUAGAUUUGAUCCUAACUCUGCCAGCAAGCUCAGCUGAAACAGAGCGAGGCCAGUCAAAUGAAACCCACCAUGAAGCAUUUGCACUCUAA